CUCCGACGACUUGGUCUGUUUGAUGGUUGCCCGGACAACAGCCACUUCCGGGACAGGACUCGGCUAAUCUGGCCCCGCAGGCCGGCCCGGCGGCUCUCUCGGGCUGUGUGGACCGUUUCUGGGAGUGGAGGGCCGGGUCUCCGCGCACCGUAGCUUCCCCAGCCUCGGGUUCUGACUUUUAGCGGUGGCCCCUCAGACUGCGUUUCUUUGUUGCUCCUGGCGACAGCCACUUCCGGGAGCGGGUGCAGUUCCCCCAGCCCCGCCGGCGUCCGAGCCCCGGGUUCCGGCCUCCCUGCAGCGGUUAGUCCGGCCUUCGCUGUUCGCCCGGCGAGUGACCGGGGGCCGCGCAUCCCGGGCCUUCUCGCCGCCUCGGCGGGGCCAUGGUUCUGCUGCACGUGAAGCGGGGCGACGAGAGCCAGUUCCUCCUGCAGGCGCCGGGGAGCACAGAGCUGGAGGAGCUCACGGUGCAGGUGGCCCGGGUCUACAACGCGCGGCUUAAGGUGCAGCGCGUCUGCUCAGAAAUGGAAGAAUUAGCAGAACAUGGCAUAUUUCUCCCUCCUAAUAUGCAAGGACUGACUGAUGACCAGAUUGAAGAACUGAAAUUGAAAGAUGAAUGGGGUGAAAAGUGUGUCCCCAGUGGGGGUUCAGUAUUUAAAAAGGACGAUAUUGGACGAAGGAAUGGUCAAGCUCCAAAUGAAAAAAUGAAGCAAGUUUUGAAGAAGACUAUAGAAGAAGCCAAAGCGAUAAUAUCUAAGAAACAAGUGGAAGCCAGCGUCUGCGUUACCAUGGAGAUGGUGAAAGACGCCUUGGACCAGCUUCGAGGUGCGGUGAUGAUUGUGUAUCCCAUGGGGUUGCCACCUUACGAUCCCAUCCGGAUGGAAUUUGAAAAUAAAGAAGACCUGUCGGGAACUCAGGCAGGACUGAAUGUCAUCAAAGAAUCAGAGGCACAACUGUGGUGGGCUGCCAAAGAGUUAAGAAGAACAAAGAAGCUUUCCGACUACGUGGGGAAAAAUGAAAAAACCAAAAUUAUCGUCAAGAUUCAACAAAGGGGACAGGGAGCUCCAGCCCGAGAGCCUAUUAUUAGUCCCGAGGAGCAGAAACAGCUGAUGCUGCAUUACCACAGAAGACAGGAGGAGCUCAAGAAAUUGGAAGAAAAUGAUGAUGACUCCUGUUUAAAUUCUCCGUGGGCAGAUAACACCGCUUUGAAAAGACAUUUUCAUGGGGUAACAGACAUAAAGUGGAGACCAAGAUGAAGUUCACCAGUCGAUGAAGCUUUCCGAAACAUAGCUCCCCUUUCUUUAGGCAAAAUAAUAAUAAUAAAAAUAAAAAUAAUAACUAAAAAGGACACCUGCAACCCUCUGUGAAAGAUGUUGAAGUUUCUAGUUUUCCUAGUUUUUCUUUCAGUUUGAGUUUUUUAAAUAAAAGUUAUUCAAGGUUUUACAACUUAAUAAAUACAUCCUCAAAAGAA